AUGCUGUCACUGUCACGUCUCGUCCUCUACCUCUUGAUCGCAGCCACAGGAGCUCACGGAUUUGCAGCUCAUUUGCACCGUGCAGAGGAAGGCGAUCCCGAUGUCGAUGCUGUCUUCGACUAUGUCGUCGCCGGCGGCGGUACUGCAGGAGUAACUGUGGCAGCGCGCCUGGCCGAGCAUGGCUUUAGCGUGGCGCUUGUCGAAGCUGGAGACUUCUACGAAACAGCUCAUCCUUUAGCGAAGAUCCCUGGCAUGGCUGUCGUUGGUAUUGGAGCGAAUGUGAACACGGCGACCCCUAUUGACUGGCGAUUUGUUGCGAAAAGUGUUCCCGGUGCCAAUUAUCGUGAUAUACAUUAUGCCAGAGGGAAAUGCGUUGGUGGAUCACCCGACACUGGCACAAUGGACCGCUGGGCUGAGCUCGUUCAGGACGACAGUUAUACCUUUGAUCGUGUCCUUCCGUUCUUCCAGCGUACGACCGCCUUCACGCCUCCCGAUAACGCGGAGCGUCCUCUCAACGCGUCGGCGGGCUAUAACCCAGCUGCAUUCGCUGAGGGCGGGCCGCUACAGGUAUCGUACCCCGUGGACAGUGUCGCAUUUUCCAGCUGGAUGGAGCGCGCAAUGCUUGACAUAGGUCUUGGAGAGACCCAGGACUUCAACAGCGGCACGCUACUAGGCGCUCAGUACUGCAGUUUGACCAUUCACCCAUCAGAGAGGACCAGGUGUAGCUCUGAGACCGCCUUUGGGCAAAUUGAUGACAGUAUUUCCAAGACCAGAUUAUAUUCAAAGACAAUGGCUAAGAAGGUCCUCUUUAACUCCAAUAAGGAAGCAAUAGGAGUGGUAGUUCGCACCGGCAACACGACAUCAAUUUAUACUCUGCGAGCCACACGCGAGAUUAUAGUUUCUGCAGGUGCUUUCCACAGCCCACAGCUUCUGAUGGUAUCGGGCAUCGGGCCCACAGAUAUCUUGGGCGACCAUGACAUACAGCAGAUUGUCGAUCUUCCAGGUGUUGGACAGAACAUGUGGGAUCAUGUUAUGUUCGGGCCUACAUAUCGAGUUGCUAUGCAGACUCUAACUAGCGUACCCACUAACCCUGCCUUUUUCGCCCAACAGGUCCUUGAAUACAUCAACGAGAGACGAGGUUUGUUGACUAAUCCAGGCGGCGAUUAUCUGGCAUUUGAAAAGAUUCCAGAGCACCUGCGCAGAGGUUUUUCGGACGAGACGAGCCAGCACCUAUCGUGGUUUGCUCCCACUUGGCCAGAGGCAGAGUACAUCUCGGCGGCCCUUUACACAGGUGACUUUGCGGACCCUUUCUUCAGCCAGCCUACCGACGGGGCACAAUAUGCGACCAUUCUAGGCACGCUCGUCGCACCCACAUCUCGUGGAAACAUCACAAUAUCCUCUAGCAACACAGAUGAUCUUCCUAUAAUUAGUCCGAAUUGGAUUGCGACAGAGUCCGAUGCACAAGUUUGUGUUGCCAUAUAUCGACGAGUUCGUGAGGCUUUUCAGGCAAUUGCUCCGAUUGUCGAGGGCGACGAGUAUUUCCCCGGGAGUCAGUUUCAAACCGACGAGCAACUCCUUGAAGUCAUUCGAAGCACCGUCAUGACUAUCUAUCAUGCUGCCUGUACAUGUAAGAUGGGAGCCAGCAAUGAUCCAAUGGCUGUUGUGGACAGCCGGGCGAGAGUAUUUGGUGUGAGUCGGUUGAGGGUUGUGGACGCAAGUGCGUUCCCGCUCUUACCUCCAGGACACCCUCAAUCGGUCGUUUAUAUGCUGGCGGAGAAGAUAGCAGCUGAUAUCAUAGGCGGUUCUAACGAGUGACAUUUCCGGGUUGUUGACUAAUAAGAGUCAUGUCUUAGUGCGCUAAUCAGCUCAUUCCUCGUUGUUUUCUUGCUUUUUCGG